AUGGACGGCUACAACUCCACGGCCUGUGGCGAUAGCCUCUUUGGGCCCAGCGUUUGGACCGAAGGUUGUCGCGGUGGCUUUGACUUUACUUUAUCAUUCCAAGAGAGUAUCCUCAGCAUCGCUCCGUCUGCUCUUUUUCUUGCAAUUGCCGGCCCACGAGCCUUCUACCUCUUUAGAAGUCCAGACAAGACCAAGCGUCACGCGACAUAUACACCAAAGCUGGUGGGUUUAUUAGCAUUGGUUCCAUCCGCCAAGAAGCUCAAUACUCGCUUCUCGCUGGCUGCGGCCAUUCUCAAUCUCUUAGCAGCUUUCGCCAUUCUUUUGUUGGCUCACGUCGAGCACGUCAAGUCUGUUCGACCAUCAUUCAUUCUCACUGCCUAUCUAUUUGUCUCGCUUCUGUUCGACGCCGCCCGACUUCGCACAGAAUGGCUCAUGUCACUGAACAUCGCGUAUGCUGCAACUCUUUCAGCCUCGACAAUAUUCAAACUGGCCUUGCUCGUACUGGAAACAAUUGAGAAACGCGGGAUAUUAAUAUCAAGCGAAAAGCAAAUUUCAAAAGAAAGCACAAGCGGCCCCUUUAGUCGUGGAUUCUUUGUCUGGUUGAACUCACUACUCAUCUCAGGCUGGGCUACUGUUCUGACUAACAAUGAUCUGCCAACUAUCUAUGAGAAACUAUCCUCCGAAAAACUCGCAGUUCGUUUCGGAAAACCAUGGAAGAAAGCCACUUCGAAGAGCAAGAAACCUUCUCUAUUCCUGACAACCGUGACUGUUUUGAGAUGGGAACUUCUUGGUAUAAUACCACCUCGUAUUGGCAUGAUCGCCUUGAGUAUCUCUCAACCUUUUCUUGUCAGCAACGCGUUACGAUUCCUCACGAUGCCCGAGUCUGACUCGACAAUGAACUUGGGUUAUGGCUUGAUAGGUGCAUUCGCUUUCGUUUUUAUCGGUUCUGCGCUGCUCACAGCUUGGUACGAGCAUCUGACAUUCAGAGCUGGCGCCAUGGUUCGUGGUGGUCUCAUGACCAUGAUUUACAGCAAGAUGAUGACACUUCCUACCGACGACCUCGGCGAGUCUUCAGCUGUCACACUCAUGGGAAAUGACGUGGAAACCCUGAUCGAGAAACUUCACAUGCUCUUGGUUGAAUCCUGGGCGAAUACUCUCACAGUUGGUAUUGCUAUGUACCUGCUGGCAGCACAGCUUGGCGCUGUUUGUGUUGCUCCUAUCGUCACAGCAAUCAUCUGUCUCCUUCUCACGGGCUCCAUUGGCAAGAUGAUGGUCACUCGCCAGAUCAAAUAUCAGAAGGCUACACAAGACCGCAUCAAUCUUACUUCCGAGGUUCUCGGCUCGAUGAAACCAGUCAAGAUGCUUGGACUCUCGGAAAGAUUCAGCAGCCUCAUUUCUCAGAAACGGGAUGAAGAGAUCAAAACCGGUAAACAUUACCGCUUGAUCAAUGUUUAUCUGAACUGUAUCACCAACUGCAACGUGGGAAUGACUGAAGCGAUCACUUUUGGCGCAUAUGCCCUUGUAGCAAAGUUCGGGAACGGCGAGCCAUUCUCUGCAGCCCAAGCUAUCACGGCAUUGUCUAUCUUGGGUGUCAUGAUGGAUCCUCUAUCGCAUCUUCUUGGAAGUAUUCCAGGAUCUUUCUCAGUCUUUGGCUGCUUCAGGAGAAUGGAGGAUUUCCUCAAUUUGGAAGAGAGAGUUGAUCGCCGACAAAUUAAUGGCCGCUUCAAAAACAUCUCUAGAUCAUCUGACGAGAGCUCGCAACCCUUACAAGAAACUAUUGAGGCAACGCCAAUGAAGGAUAUACCGGUUGGGGCAGACGGAACUCGAAUCGUGAUCGAGGACGGCAACUUCCACUGGGGCGAGAAGGCCGUUCUUCAAGACAUUAACGCGUCUUUCCCGAGUCACAACAAUGGAUCGCUUACCAUGCUUGUCGGUCCUGUUGGUUCAGGAAAGUCGAGUUUGAUGAAGGCUAUUCUGGGCGAAACAACUUCUUCUAUGGGCAAUGUAUCUCUGAGCGCAUCAGAAGUCGCCUUUUGCGACCAGACUCCCUGGGUUAUGAAUGCGACAAUCCGCGCCAACAUCAUCGCAGAGUCCAAGGGCUACGACAGUGCCUGGUUCGAGGCAGUUGUCAACGCCUGCGACCUGACUAUCGACUUGGGACGGCUGUCUGAAGGAGACCUUACCCAGGUUGGUGAGCAAGGAGUCAAGUUGAGCGGUGGACAGAAGCAACGAAUUGCUAUCGCUCGUGCCCUAUACUCUAGGAAGCCUGUGGCCAUCUUUGAUGAUGUGUUUAGCGGACUCGACAAGGUGACUGAGCAAACCAUCUUUACUCGCGUCUUUGGAAAGGAUGGUCUUCUACGAAAGAAUGGUACUACUGUUAUUCUGGCUACACAUGCAGUGAAUAGGCUCCCUGAGUCCGACUUUGUUGUCGUACUUGGAAAGGGCGGAAGACUUGUUGAACAAGGAACCUACCAUGAGCUGCGAUCUGGAGAUGGAUAUAUCCACGAUCUUGACAUUUCGAGCCACGACGAUCACGAUGACCAACCUUCAGCCGAAACCAAACCUGUUGAGGAGACUGACAAGACUGACAACAAAGACGUGGUUGAAGAUGAGCCAACGGAAGUGCCGAGUGAUCGAAGCGUGUUUAUAUACUACUUCAAGGCUAAUGGGAUACAUAACAUGCUCACCCAGAUACUCCUCAUCGCUAGUGCAGGGGUUAUCACGUCCUUUCGAUAUGUUUGGGUCACUUGGUGGGGUGACGGAAAAGGUCGUGACAGCAGAGACAUCGGGUACUGGCUCAGCAUAUAUACCGUCCUAUCUGCUUUCGAGGGCAUUCUUAUUACGCUUGCCAUUGCGAUGUUCCUUUUGGUUUGCGGUCCCGUCAGUGGAAAAUUGCUUCAUUCACGACUCUUGAACGCCGCUAUGAGCGCUCCUCUAUCUUUCCUUCACAACAGCGCGGCGGGAUCUCUGAUCAAUAGAUUCAGUCAGGAUUUGCGCCAUGUUGAUAUUAUCCUUCCGAUGGCAUUUUCCAUCUUUCUCUUCGAGGUUGCCGCCUGCUUUGGUGCUGCUGGUCUUGCUAUGGCGGCUGUCAGCUGGUUCGCCAUCUCGAUUCCAUUUGUGAUCGUUGUGCUUGCCCUCAUCCAGCGUUUCUAUGUCCGAACAUCCAAACAACUUCGUCUUCUGGAAAUCGAACACAAGGCUCCUUUGUUCUCACACUUCCUUGAGACUAUCGACGGACUCGCCACAAUUAGAGCCUUUGGUUGGAUUCAGCCGUACACUGACAAGGCUCUGAGUCGAAUUGAUGAUGCCCAGAAACCAUCUUAUCUUCUCAACUGUAUUCAGCGAUGGCUAACUCUAGUUCUAGACAUGGUGGUGGCCUUUUUGACAAUCAUUCUCGUUGUCUUUGCCGUCACCCUCCGCGAAAAGAUUGAUCCUUCACUUCUUGGUAUUGCGCUGGUCAAUAUGAUGAGACUUGGUACCAACAUGAAGGGUAUUAUUCUCAACUGGUCGAUCCUCGAGACAUCACUGGGCGCUAUCGCGCGCAUUCGCAUGUUCUGUUCUUCUGCGCCAAAUGAACAAAAGACAAACGAAGACGAUGACCCAGGGGAGUUAUGGCCGAGACAAGGCAGUCUUGAAGUUAAGAACGUGGAUGUUCAGUAUGAGCAAACUACUGAACCUGUGCUACGUGGGCUUUCGUUCAGCAUCAAACCCAGACAAAAGCUUGGUCUUUGCGGUCGAAGUGGCAGUGGGAAGAGCUCUUUCGUCCAAGCCCUUCUUCGCAUGGCAGAGGUCGUCAAUGGCCAAAUUACACUUGAUGGGCAAGAUAUCUCGACUGUACCCCGAUAUCUGAUCCGCCAGCGUUUGAGCUGCUUGACUCAGGAUCCAUUUGUCUUUAGCGAUACUAUCCGAGCUAAUCUUGACCCAUGUAAUACAGCGUCAGAUGAUGAGAUCAGAAAUGCCCUCGAGCGAGUCGGUAUCUGGUCGGUUAUUGAAGCUAAGAUUGAUGAGGAUAAGAAUCCUCUUGAUGAGAAGAUGGAUGAGAACUUUUUGUCUCAUGGUCAGCGACAGCUUUUCUGUCUUGCAAGGGCCUUACUAAAGAGAAGUUCACUGCUUAUUCUUGAUGAGCCGACAAGCAGUGUCGAUACACAAACAGAUGCAAGGAUGCAAGAGGUUAUCCGCACAGAAUUCUCAGACUGUACAAUUAUCAUGAUUGCUCAUCGCAUUGAUACACUGCUAGACUUUGACAAGGUUGCUGUUUUAGACAGGGGCUCUUUGGUUGAGUUUGGAGCUCCUCAGGAGUUGUUGAAGGAUGAGGCUGGUGCGUUUGCCAGAUUGUAUCGGGCGAAUAAGGGGAGGAAGACCGAGGAGCAGUGA